UUUAUAGGACUUUCUGAUCCUACCCGAUACCUUACCAAUCUCAAUCCAUCUCGAACUUUUUCAUCAACUCCUUUCUCUUUUCAAGAUGUAACGGAACCCGCAGAGCCAUCAUCAGAUCAAGUAGAAGAAAAAACUCCAUUCUCUUUAAUCGAAAAGCAUAUUUCACCUCAACUUUAUAAAGCUAUUGUUCAAAAACCAUUUGGAUAUCAUGAUAUGUCACCCGUUCAAUCAGCUUUACUUUCAGAUUUACCCACUCUAUUACAUAAUCCAUCUGAUUUAAAUUCAACUACCAAAGAUUUAUUAGUCAAAGCUAAAACUGGAACUGGAAAAACUUUAGCCUUUCUUAUUCCUGCCAUCGAAUCUCGUUUACGUGAUCUUAAAGGAGAAGCCGAAAGGUUUACUACUCAAAACCCAAAUAGUUCACAACAUGAUUUAUUUCGACAUAUGAGAACUUAUGAAAAUGAUACGACUGGAAUCGUAAUCUUAUCACCCACACGUGAAUUAGCUACUCAAAUAGCUACAGAAGCCAUCAAACUUACCUCUCAUAUUAAAGAUUUCGGUGUAAGACUCUUUGUAGGUGGAGCCAGUAAAUCAUUACAAUUACGUGAUUGGCAAAACGGACGAAGAGAUUUGAUUGUAGCUACACCUGGUAGGAUUUAUGAUGUGAUCAAUUCGAAUCGAUCAAUCUUAAAUAAUGUAGGUACCACUAAAACAUUGAUUAUGGAUGAAGCAGAUACAUUAUUAGAAAUGGGAUUCAAAGAUGAAAUAGAUCAGAUCGUACAACAUUUACCACCCAAAGAUUUAAGAUCGACUUAUUUAUUUUCGGCAACCAUUUCACAAGAGAUCUCAAGGAUUGCAAAAACAACAAUGAAAUCCGAUCUGAAGAUUGUAGAUUGUGUACCUAAAGGUGAAAGUAAUGUACAUGCUCAUAUACCUCAAUUUUAUACCGUUUUACCUUCACCAGAACAUCAAUUACGUCAUAUUUUCAAUAUCUUAGCACAUGAUCAACUUUUAAAUCCAACCGGAAAAUCAAUUAUCUUUUUACCUACGACUAAAAUGACUCAACUCUUUAGUCAAAUCUUAAUGUCAAUGAGACGUCAUUUACCUUGGAAUGUCACUGGAUUAACUAAGAUUUAUGAAAUGCAUGGUGGUCGUUCUCAAUCUGAACGUGAACAUACUGCUCAAGAUUUCAGAUCUGGAAAAGGUGGUGGUUAUCAAGUUUUAGUCACUUCUGAUGUUUCAGCUAGAGGUGUCGAUUAUCCUGGUGUAACUCGUGUCAUUCAAAUCGGUGUUCCAACCUCUCGAGACAUUUACAUCCACAGAGUAGGAAGAACUGGUCGAGCAGGUAAAGCCGGACGAGGUGAUCUUGUACUCUUACCAUGGGAAAUCGGAUACGUUUCAACUGCACUCCACAACAUUCCACUUCAACCAUUACCUGUAAGAACCUUAAAUGAAGAAGUCUCAGACCUAGUCAAAAAACUAGACGAAAGUGGUGAAGGACCAACGAUUGAUCAAACACUUUUCCAAAGAACGCCUCAACGUGGAAACCAAAGAGGUUAUAAUGCUCGGAAUUCGAAACCUCAAUCAUCAUCCACAACACGAAAAGUCCAGAUGGAAUUACCCAUCAAACCUCGAAUCGAUUCAUUAGACCAAAACUUGUCUGAAAACAUUAUGCCAAGUAUGAGUGAAGAAUCCAUCAAAGAUUCAUUCGGAUCGUUAUUAGGUUAUUAUGUAGGAAAAUCAUCCGAUUUAAGAACCAGUAAAGAUACAAUUCUAAAUGGACUUAAACAAUGGGCGACCAUGUCGAUGAAACUACCAGAAGAACCUUACCUUUCUCAUGCAUUUUUAGCUAGAUUAGAAACUGGAUUCAGAUCUGGUGGCGGCGGUGGUGGUUAUCAAAGCCAAGGUGGUGGAUAUGGUGGUAGAUCUGGAGGAGGUGGGGGUGGGUAUGGGAAUCGAGUAAGUGAGAGUGGUGGUUACGGUCAUCGAUCAAGUGAGAACGAUGGAUAUUCUAGAAACCGUACAGCUACUUAUGAUCGUAGAGACAGAGGAUCAAGUUAUGGUGGUAAUACUCGAGAAAGAAGUUCAGGAUCAUUUGGUAGAUUCAGUGGUGGUGGUGGUGGUAGUAGUAGCGGUAGUAGUGGGGAAAAUUAUUGA